CAUUUUUCAGUACGGACGCGAGCGACGCGCGUGUUUUAUCAUAACAAGAACAAACAACGGUACAUUCUUUAAAGCAUUAUUAGUGAUGUGAACCAAACAACAAGAUGUCGACAGACGAGUCUGACAGCAUAACUAGUUCCCAAAUCAGGCGUUUUGGGUUGUACAGAACCAUCGAUGCCAAGACGGAAGAAUUUCUAAGGCUAUCUAGGAAGAGGCAAUUGAGACAGGGUUGCGCUUGCGCGGCUAUUUCCACGACGAUAACCGUUACCGUUGUAGUUAUAGUUCUAGUAAUCUACGAAUAUAUGAUUGCAGUAGAAACAAGUUUUGUACAAGAAAAAAGACCUUUUAAUAAAACAAAAUACAUUAAUAAAGAUCUACCAAUAGCUGACAGACUUGAUAGAAACUUUUUUGGAUUUGAUCAAGAUUAUUAUGAGAGAAUGCCGCUUCUCAUCAAUGCUUUACAAGAUAUAAGCCACACAGAAUCAGAAACGCGUAUUCGUUCUCAAAGGAAAAAACAGUUUUCUAAAAGUUAUACCAUUAAGCCGCGGUUAACUACAGUUUUAAAUAGAUUUGUAAGAAAAACUAGUCCUAAACCCUUCAUAUUCGAGUACAGAAGUCCAUAUCCAAUGCCUUUUACAAAGGUUAACACUAGCCCAAGCAAUUGGAUGGAACAAUAUCGCAAUGCUCAAAGACUAAAAAACCUACAUGAUGUAGUCAAAUACCUAGAAAAAACAUUAAAUGCUAAGUUUGGAGAUAUUUAUGUACCAACAAGAGCACAAAUAGCAUUGUCAGAAAUGUAUGUGGGACCCGUUGAAACGAAAGAAAUUAAUGUCAAACAAAAAACAGUGACACAUAAUUCUCCACAGUCUAAUCAUUACACGGAUCCUUUACACAUUUUUAGGCCGAACAAUCCAGGAGAAAUUAAUUUAUUAGCAGAUGGAUUUAGAUUCGCACCAACCUUUGUUUCAAAAUUUAAUGAACAGAAUACAGAAAUUAAGCACCCUGACGCCUCGAAACAAAGUUGUGUAGGAACAAAAUGUUUGACCUUUAAUAAGAAUAUCCCUAAGAGGGUUGAGCUUUCUAGUGCUGAAGAAGUUCUAAGUACUACUUCAACGAAAUUAAAUAAUAAUAAACUAAAAUCGCUUGUUAUGUUUAAUUUGUUUCCCAUCAAUAAGUCUAUUUCUCAAGAUACGCUUUAUAAAAAUGAAAUAGAUCAAAUUUAUAUAACUACAUCAAAACCUCUAUUUAAAUUUAAAAGAAAAUCUACUGUGCCCUUAAGGCGUAUAUCAUACCGAAGGAAAAAAAGACCAACAUUAUUAAAAGAUAGAAAUAAAAACAAGUUUAUUUCUCAAGUAAAUAAUGAGAAAAAUAUGACUACACAAUACUUUAAUCAUCACACUACAAUGGAAAAUAAUAAUGACGCAAUAAAUAUCAAUGAGCCUAGCAAAAAUUACUUUGAAGAUACGACCAGCUCAGUCAUCGAAGCAACCUCUGUAAACAGCCACAUUAUUAGUUAUCCAAAAUUAAAUUAUUCAGAUAUUGAAGAUUAUCACAUGGGAAGCUCAGGUGUAAUUCCUGUUGAAUAUGGAAGACCUCCAAUAUAUUCUGUAGUCACACCCAUAAUACCGCUAUCUGAACUUUUCAUGUCCACUACGGAAACCAUUACAACUAUUCCUCCUAAUAUUAUACAAUUUAGUCCUGAGGACGCUAAAGUUCCAGAUCACUAUUUCAAUAUAAGAAAGUCUGACAUAGACGAAGUCACAGAGAGUGAGAUAAAUAAUUGGAACGAUUCGGAAAGUACCGUGAUAAAUAACGAUGAGUUUGAACCUAAUACACUUAUAGUAAAACUAAGAAAUAUGAUUGAAGCUACCUCUAAAGAAAAUACAGCCGAUGAAAAUUCUACUACUGAAAGUUCUGAAACAAUAGAAGAAGAAAAUACUUACACAACAAUUGAAACUUAUGUUCCACAGAUAAAUGGACACUACAGAGACGUGAAACAUAAAAGUUUGAUAAGUUUAUUGCAAGAGAGUUCUGAAAAAUAUAGAAAAAAGAGAAUCGAAAGUUUAUUAACGACACGAAAUCCGACAUAUGUUCCUAUGUACGUCGAAAUCAAACGAAAUAGAAACAAUACGACUAGUAAACAAAAUUAAAAAAUUAAAUAUAUAUAAAUGAGAUGCAGAAAUGUUUUCGAUGGCCCACCGAUU